AUGAGUUCCACUGGCUCGAUGAGCAGUGAUCGUGCCUCCGGAACUAUUCGAUGCCAGCGAUGUCGGGAGGUGUGCAAAGGAGAAGUGGUCCGAGUGCAGGACACGCACUUCCAUGUCAAGUGUUUCACUUGCACUGUGUGUAACUGUGACUUGGCGCGCUCGGGGUUCUUCCAGAAGAAAGGCGAAUACAUCUGCACGGCGGAUUACCAGCGGCUGUACGGGACACGCUGCGAUCGCUGUGACUCGUUCAUCACCGGAGAGGUCGUGUCUGCCCUGGGACGCACCUACCACCCCAAGUGCUUUGUCUGCAGUGUCUGCAGUAAGCCCUUUCCCAUCGGGGACAGGGUGACGUUCAGUGGGAAGGACUGCGUGUGCCAGCAGUGUUCUGUCCAACUCUCCAAACCAAACGAACCCAUCAAGAUCCACGGGACGAGCCAGUGUGCGGGAUGCGGAGGGGAGAUCAAACAGGGCCAGUCCCUCCUGGCUCUGGAGAAGCAGUGGCACGUCAGCUGCUUCCGCUGCCGCACCUGCAACAUGGUGCUCACCGGGGAAUACAUCAGCAAGGAUGGAGUUCCGUACUGUGAGGCUGACUACCACGCCCAGUACGGGGUGAAAUGUGAGACCUGCAGCAGAUACAUCAGUGGAAGAGUCCUGGAGGCUGGAGGAAAGCACUACCACCCAACCUGUGCUCGCUGCGCCCGCUGCAACACCAUCUUCAAAGAGGGAGAGGAAAUGUAUUUGACAGGUGCAGAGGUGUGGCACCCAUUAUGCAAGCAGGCGGCGAGGGCAGAGAAAAGACUCAGGCACAGGCGUCUGUCGGAGGCUUCCAUCUCUCCGCCGGGAUCGUCCAUCGGCUCUCCCAGUAGAGUUAUAUGUGCCAGAGUGGAGAAUGACUUCCUAGAUUAUAAGGAUCUAGCCGCCCUCCCCAGGGUCAAGGCCAUUUACGAGGUGCAGCCGCAGGGCCUCAUUUGCUCCUCUUACCAGCCCUACCACAGAUAUGCCUCCGAUGAGAGGUUUGACACUUACAGCUAUGGGGAGUCUCUCGGGACGCUCUCUCCGUACUCUCAGGACUAUGACAGUUUCGACAAGCAGCGGUGCCCCAGUCCAGGAUACAUAGACUCUCCAACAUUCAGUCGCCAGGGCAUGUCUCCCAUCAUGCCUCGCUCCCCUCAGCACUAUGGAUACACAGGCUCAGAGAGUGGCAGGAGCUCGCCCUAUUACGGCCAAGAUGGGCGUUCCAGCACCCCCACCUCAAACCAGCCCCCCAAACAUUUCCAUGUGCCAGCCACAGGAGACCGCAACAUCUACAGGAAACCACCCAUCUAUAAGCGAGCGGGUAAUUACAUGUCUGCAGCGACCAAGAGCAGGACCAGUGAGGACAUCCUGAGGUCGUCUAGACUCUCCACCUACUCUCCUGAGUCUUACAGCCAAUCUGAGUCGGACUAUUACCCCUACAGCAGCUCUCCAAAAGCGUACCGUGCUCCGAGAAGGCGCUACUCAACAGGAGGAGAUGAAGAGGGCUGGAGCCACGGUCUUCAAAGAAUUGGGAGUGGUAUCGGGAGGUUGAUCCUUAAGGAGGAGAUGAAAGCCCGGUCGGGUUCCUAUGACAAUGAUCCCUGGGGCAGUAGGAGGAAUUCUCGAUGUGGGAGCAAAGAAACCCUCAACACGACGGGCUACGCCUCCACCGUGUACAACAACGCUGUCAACGGCUCUCCGCAGUCGCAAUACAGCAGUGAAAGUGAUUUGGGAUGUAAAUCAGCUUCACUUCCAGGAUAUGGACGAAAUGGCCUUCAGAGGCCUCAGAGCGCUGAUUGCUACCAGUAUCAGUACGACAACUCCAGUGAGGUAUCCUGGGGAAACAAAGCCGAAUACAAGGUUUAUCCCUAUGAAAUGCUCAUUGUCACCACAAGAGGGCGGAACAGGCUGCCAAAAGAGGCAGACAGAGCCAGACUGGAGCGCCAUUUGUCUCCUGAAGAGUUCUCCCAAGUGUUUGGCAUGACAAUAGAAGAAUUCGACCGGCUGGCUUUAUGGAAACGCAAUGAACUGAAGAAGCAGGCGAGACUAUUUUAA